AUGUCUUCAGACUGGACACAUAGCUUCAAGGCUAUUCUUAAACGGUCUCGUGUGAUCAAGAAAAUCCGCAAGGCCAUAGUUGCAGCUCACAAGGAACAAGGAUCAAAAGUUACUUUGCCGAGUUCCUUGAAGAAGGCAAUUAAACAAUACUAUGCAGAUGAAGUUGAAGUUGAAGAAUCUGAUGGGGAAGAAGCUACAAAGGAAAGGGAGAUCAGUGCCCGUCCAAAGGAAGCUUCAUUCUACAAGAAAAAGCUGACUGACUGGGAUGUUGCUCAGAAAUGCAGAGCAAGCAAGAAAAGUUACUGCAAGAACAACCUCAAGAAAGUGCUUGAAGAAUUUUCUGAGCAGCUUCGUCGAAGUAUGGGUUGCCAUGUUGUGAUGCUUGUCAGUCACAAGAAGCGGGUGGACCAGACAUUGAAUGUCACCUUACAUGAAUCUGUGCCUCAGAAUGUCAAAAAAGCUUCUCUGUCAGCUCAGACAGUAUCAGAGAGUGGGCUUCAAAUGGCUUUGAGUUUUUUGGAGAGUGGGCAAAGACGGAAUUUUACCCAACAGCUACUCCAGGCAAUGAAGAAGAGGAUGAACAUGAACUACCAACAGUCAUCUUUGACGAAGAAGGCUAUGCAUAACUUCCUUCUCAUGAGGUAUCUGGAGGCUGGUUCUGUUCCUGAUGACCUUAUUAUCUGUGACCCCUCUCACAUGAGAGCCAAGGACAUCAACACAAUUUGGCAUUAUUGGGAGAGGCGUAGCAUGGCACAGAAGAGACUUGUCACUUUCACAAAGGCAAGGUCAUGUGACAUGAGAAUUAAUGCAGUGAACAGCGCCAAUGUCAAAGCUAGUUCCAAGAAGGACAAGCCAUAUAUUGAGGUUGGCUCUGAAGCUGAUGAACAGCAUAGUUCAGCUGGAUUGGAUACUACAUUGGCUGUAUCAUCACCAGCUGAGGUGCCUCGAGGUCACCGCUUUGAAUUUUUAGAUGCUCUUAGCUCGGAUAGGUCUUACCUAGAGCUUGUAGAUGCAGUCAAGGAUCUGGCUACAAUAACUGAAAACCUUCCAACACCAGAGGAGCAACUCAACUUACCUCCCUGGGUUAAUUGGUCUUCAAAAGAGUCUUAUCUUCCUGCAUCUGAACACAUGUACCUGGAUUCAGUGAUAGGCAGCUUGGACCUGCUGACAGAGGCCCCAAUUCAAUCUGCAUACUCAGCUGCCCUAGUGGUAUUAGGCCUUGGAUUGCUUUUGAGGGACUGUAAGCGCGUCAUGGAGUAUGAAGAAGAUGAGGCCCACCCUGAUGCCCCCUACUACUUGCCCAUUUCAGUCUUGGACCUUCAAAUCAUCCUAAAGGUGGACAGUGCAAUCAGUCAUGUCACAGGUACUGUUGUAGGUCUCAUUGAGUUGGCUAUGAGGGCGGGUCUCCCUGACAAUAGUGAUCAGGAGGAGGAGAUGCAAGGAGCUAAUGGUGAGAAGGAUCAGGAAGACGAGCAAGAGGUGGUGAUGGGAGAUGUAAAUGUGCAGAUGCAGGAGGUGGAGAAGGAUCAUGAGCAGGAGGGCAAACAGAAAGGUAAGAAAAGGACCAGAUCUCAGACUUCUCAAGUGAAGACCAAGAAGGCAAGGACUGAAGAUGAACCUAUGCGUCGGUCUACCAGAACUAGGCAACCCUCUAAGAAGAAUAUGAGGCCUUAA